GUGCAAGAGUGACGAACGACCGGAAGAGCAAUCCAAGGGAGAAAUGCUGGGGCGUUCGGCGCGAAGCGUUGGCAAAGUUCUGAAGACCGCCGAGCUCACCAGAAGCUUCGCCUCCGUCGAGAAGGCGGACUGCGUGGUGAUCGGGGCGGGCGUCGUCGGAUUGGCUGUCGCGAGGCAGCUUGCCGCCCUCGGAGGCCGAGACGUCCUGGUGCUCGAGUCGGCGCCGGCCUUCGGGACCGGCACGAGCUCUCGCAACAGCGAGGUCAUCCAUGCCGGCAUAUAUUACCCUCCCGAUUCUCUCAAGGCGGCGUUUUGCGUGAGGGGGAGGGAGUUGCUGUACAAGUACUGCUCUGAGCGUGGAAUUCCCCAUAGGCAGAUUGGGAAGCUCAUAGUUGCUACUGGGCCUCCGGAGGUUCCGAAGCUGAGCAAUUUAAUGAACCACGGAGUUCGUAAUGGAGUUGAUGGUUUGAGGAUGAUGGAUGGUGCUGAAGCCAUGAGGAUGGAACCUGAACUUCAAUGUUUGAAGGCCUUGUUUUCCCCUGUUUCUGGCAUCGUCGACUCGCAUUCAUUGAUGCUAUCGCUAGUGGGAGAAGCUGAAAGUCACGGAGCGACAUUCUCUUACAAUACUACUGUGGUUGGUGGUCAUCUUGAAGGCAAUUCUUUGCACCUCCAUGUUUGUGAGACCAAAAAUCUUGAUGAACAUGGGAGUGGACAGUUUCCUCUCGGACCUGAACUUAUACUGGUACCAAAGGUUGUUGUCAACUCAGCAGGCUUAAGCGCUCCACUCCUGGCAAAGAGAUUUCAUGGUCUUAAUGGUCAAGCAAUUCCUCCAGCAUAUUUUGCUCGCGGUCAUUACUUUGCCCUUGCAAGCACUAAGAACCGCCCAUUCCAGCAUUUGAUAUAUCCAAUUCCUGAGGAUGGUGGCCUUGGCGUGCACGUAACCCUUGAUUUGAAUGGUCAAGUAAAGUUUGGCCCGGAUGUUGAAUGGAUUAAGGGUGUGGAUGAUGUUUCAAGCUUCCUAAACAGGUUUGACUAUUCUGUAUCUGCAAGCCGCGCAGAGAGAUUUUAUCCGGCCAUCAGAAAGUACUACCCAAACCUCAAGGAGGGUUCUUUGGAGCCAGGUUAUUCGGGGAUUAGGCCAAAACUUUCAGCUCCUCGACAGCCUACCAAUGAUUUUGUGGUACAGGGGGAGGAGAUUCACGGGGUACCUGGACUGGUUAAUCUCUUUGGGAUCGAGUCACCUGGUUUGACUUCAAGCAUGGCGAUAGCAGAACAUAUUGUUGCCAAAUUCUUGACAUGAUAAUAAAGGUGCGGAAGAUGAGGUGCUGGUCAUAGAAGUUGGCUGUUCCAGCCAUUGUGGCUUUUGAACCUUCAAUCUCGACUUAGUUUAUGGGGGACUCUUGAAUAUCUGCAGAUUUUGUAAGCUUGUAUCCCUAUAGUCGAGCUUUCCAGAGAUUGGGUAGCCCUCUCCGUUACUUGAUCGACCCCUUGGUGAAAGAGGACAUGUUGUAUGGGCCAUGCUCAACGUGUCAU